AAUGUGUCUACAAUAUUGUUUUGUAAAUGAAUUUAAUUUCGUAAUGUUUCUGUCUAUUCAAUGCUCUGAUCAAACGUUCAUUAUCAUAAUUUUGAUGUGCUUAAAUGUCUAAUAUUUGUAAUGGAUAAACAGGAACAAGAUAGCAACCAUUAUUAUACUGUCUGUUGUCUGUAUACUGCAAAUGUCACAAGAAAGUUAUAACUAGAUGUGUGUGUAUACAAUGUGUGAUUAUUAUAAUCAACGAAGUAUUGAUCAAAUAAAGUAUUUAUCCGAUGGGAAUUACUGACACCUUCAACCGAGAAAUCCAUUAAAAAAUAAUUAAUGAGAAUUCACACUACGAUGAAUAAAUUUAACGGCAUCAUUACUUGAAAUAAACAUCAUAUCAUUUAUAGAAAUGAUACGGCAAGUAUGACGUUUCGGCACCGUCAUUUUAGACAUACACAGCCUCUAAAUUGGCGGGCUGUUACUUUACUUAUAAUUUGCACAUUGGUCGGAUACACGAAUAUGGAAGUGCCGAUAGCCAACAUUGAGUGUCCCAGCCAUGCGGAUAAUUCGGCGUGUCCGUGUUACAAAUUUGAAGAUGGUCUCUUUUUAGAAUGUCCUGGUACAACAGCCGUUACAUUACGUUCAACCUUACAAGUGAUAUCUGCACCCAUACAGUCCCUGUCUGUAUUCGACUUUGAUCGCUCCGUCACGUCGCUUUCACAGGAUAUGUUCAUGGCUGGCGUACAUAUAAAACAUUUACAAUUCUCCCAUUCCCAUUUGCAAAUGUUGAAAGAUAACAGUCUAAAGAAUCUACGUGAGACUUUAGAAUCGCUAAGUAUAGUCAAUGGCAAACUAUUACAGGUUCCGAAAAAAGCGCUGACUGGCAUGCAGAAAUUAAUGAUGCUUGAUUUUGAAUCAAACGAAAUCACCAAUCUUCCCGACUACAGUUUUUAUGGGCUCCGUCUUGUAAAGUUAAAUAUGAAAGGAAAUUUACUGGAAAAUAUUUCCGAGUUCGCAUUUGCUGGUCCCGAGGAAUCCAUAACCGAAAUCGAUUUAUCCGAAAAUAAAAUUAAAUCAUUUCCAAUGUCAGCAUUGAAAAAAUUAGAACAUCUACGAUCGUUGCGAUUGUCGUUCAACGAGAUAUCGUUAUUGUAUGGAUAUCCGGGACAAACACGUUUCACAUCGUUAAUAUUUCUCGAUUUAAGUUCAAAUAAAUUUGAGGAAAUUAAGGAAGAUUCGUUUUGUUCGUUUCCUUAUUUGAAAACGUUAUCGUUAUACAACAAUAAAAUCGAAACGAUUCAUGAAAAUGCAUUCAAUUCGUUGAGAGAACUGCAAUCGUUGGAUAUUAGUCACAAUCGUGUCGUUUAUUUGGAUGCUGGAACGUUUCAAAUGACACGGAAACUACAGACGAUCGAUUUGAGCCACAACCAUGUACAUUACAUAAGCGGCCUUUUUUCAAAUUUACUUCAAUUGCGAGAGGUUUUCUUAUCGGAGAAUAACAUUCUUUUCGUACCCGUUGAUGCGUUCACGAACUCAUCAAAAAUAAGUGUCAUCUAUCUUGAAGACAACGCUAUACAGAGACUCGAUGUUAAUGUGUUUAAUACGCUUAUAGGCUUAGAGCAAUUAUAUUUAAGCUCCAAUUUUCUACGGCAAAUACCACGGACAUUGUUCCAUAAAUGUCGGAAAUUAACAUCUCUCAGUUUAGACAGAAACUAUAUUAUGGCAUUGGAGCCGGGUACGUUCCAGCAUUCAGAGAGUCUACGUGAAAUCCGUUUGCAUAACAAUCAAAUCCAACAGAUCCAACAGAACGUAUUUUAUCCAUUACCUGCAUUGCUGGAAUUACACGUACAAAAUAAUUUAAUUAACAGCAUUGAGACGAACGCAUUUACCAGCUUAAAAGCGCUCCAGCACAUAAAUCUUCAGAACAAUCAAUUAAAAACGUUGAACGACAUUUUUUUACAUAAUUCAACAUCCUUAUUAUCGAUUCAAUUGAAUGCAAAUAACAUUGUUCAUUUGCAUAAUGAAUCGUUCAAAGGAUUGCGAAACGUACAAAUAUUGUGGUUGGAAAAUAAUCGAUUGAAUAAGUUGGAUAAAACAAUGUUCAAAGAUUUACAGCAUGUGGAACGAAUUUAUCUGACAAACAACAGUAUAACGACCAUUCAAUUGGAUACGUUUCAAAAUAUGAAGCGAUUGAGUUCGUUGGACCUGAGCUGCAACAAAUUGCGAAUGAUUAAAAAGGAUUUUUUCAGUCAUCUGAGCGUACUGGAAGAACUGAAUUUGUCAUCGAAUGAGAUCAAUGACAUCCAGAGCAAUUCCUUUGCAAAUUUGAGAAAAUUGAAAAAUUUGGAUUUGUCCAACAAUUUGUUGUUAUCGCUAAAUUCGGGUAUCUUUCAGCAUGACCUGCCCAUUGUUAUGUUGAACAUGAAAAAUUGUUCGUUAAGCAAAAUUGAUGCGGGCACGUUCAGAGAAUUGAAUAAUUUAAACGACAUUAACAUGGAAAACAAUAGACUCACUUUGGCUGAUAUAAAGCAACUGGAUAUACCAUCGCUACGUACAUUGAGAAUAUCGAACAAUAACUUUUCAACAUUCAUUGAAAAUGUGUUCGAUAAACUUCCGUCGUUGCAGACGUUGAUAAUGGAAAAUUGCAGCAUACAAUAUCUCGAUGAAAAUGUUUUUCGCAAAAACAUCAAUUUGGUUAAAGUUGAAUUGGGCAACAAUAGACUGAAAACGAUAAGCCGAAACAUAUUUAACGGCUUGAAUGUGUUUAAAGAACUGAAAUUGAAUAACAAUUUUCUGGGCGAUUUUCCGCAUAUUGCCUUAUACAACAUAUCCACACUGGAAUCACUGUCGUUAGCAUCGAAUUCUCUAACAAAUGUCGACUUUUUCAAAUUGAACGGUCUACCCUAUUUACGGAAUCUGAUACUGAAAGACAAUGCCAUUUCAUCGUUAAGUGGUUUCAAUGCGGUUAAUCUGACACAAUUGGACUUCGUGGACUUGAGUGGAAAUGGUCUGGUUGCAUUGCCGAGUAAUUUUCUACAAAAUGCAAUCACAUUACAGCGCUUAGAUUUGUCGUCGAAUCGUUUCCAUCAAAUACCGAGCGUUGCACUGUCUGACACAUUGCUACCACGUUUGGGUUGGCUCAAUUUAACUGGAAAUCCGUUGAAUCAAAUUUAUGGUACAUCGGGGGAACGUUACGGAUUCUUACGUGAAAUUCGCAUAAGUAACACCAAUUUAACAUUACUAACUAGCAAAGAUUUCGAAGCAUUUAACGCCCUCCAACAUUUAUAUCUCGUACACAACCGUAUCAAUCGCAUUUCUCCCGGUGCAUUUGUGCCAUUGCAAAAUCUAUUGACGCUCGAUUUGAGCAUCAACGAAUUAGAGUUAUUACCGAAAGAACGUUUGCAAGGAUUAAAAAUGCUUAAACUGUUAAAUGCAUCGCAUAAUAACCUACGGGAUGUAGAGGAAUUCACCAUCGAUUUGGCAAAAUUACAAAUUCUGGAUGUCUCAUUUAACCAGUUACAUCGCAUUGGGAAAUACGUUUUCAAACAUUUAACCGAACUCAAUGAAUUGCAUUUAAUGGGCAACCGAAUUACGACAAUAUCGACAGACGCUUUUAAGUAUGUAAAGAGUUUAAAAGUUUUGGAUUUGCGAAAGAAUUAUUUCGAACAAGUACCGUUGCCGGCACUGAAACCACUGGAAACUCACAUCAAAAGUCUUCGGAUCGAAGACAAUCCGUUGCAAUGUACGUGUGAAUCGCAAGAACUGUGGGAAUGGUUGCUGGAUCAUCAAAAAUGGGCGCAAGACAGCAGUAUACAACAGUUAAAAUGCGAACAGCCGCAAGAGUUGCGUGGCAGCGUUUUCACCGAAAUGGAACCGAAGGAGUUCUGCGAUAUGCCGCUGAUAUUGAAGCUGGCAAUACAGGACAUUCAACCGUACUCAGUGCUGGUGUCGUGGCAGAGUCGAGAACAUACCGGUUUGCAUGGAUAUCAUGUAAUUUAUCAUUCAUUAGAUGGAGAGGGCGAGGUAAAUUGGAAUUUCUCUUUUAUUUUAUAUUUAAUUCGUGAAAUGUAA